CUGAGAAGCCACUCCUAAGGGACUAUGUUAAGGACUUGGCGAAAGUGGUGGCGUUGUAUCUAUUACUGCGGCUGAAUGCGCUAGGACUUCACCAUCAAACCUACCUGAAAAAUCAUGCCGUCUGGACUGUUGCGUAUAUAGACUGGCUGAAUUGACAUAGUGAUAGUUGCAAUUUCUGGUAACUGUUGAAUUUCGACUGUACCUGGCAGUAAAAGGUUCAGUGUCAUUGAUUCGCAUCAUGAAGUCUCAGAAUACCUUCCGUCCUGCGAUCCUCCAUCCUGCGUUGCUGAUAACGCUAUUCAUUAUUUCUUUGCACGUCUAUACUACCACGCAAGAUUACAACAUUUUCAAGACUAUUACCGUUGUUGAAACCCGUCUGGCCAAUAAACACAGACAAAUCGAUACUCAGCCUGUUGUCCGCGCUCCUGAGUCGGAUUUAUCUUUGGCACCUGAUCUGCCCAUGACGGAUUCCGAAGACGCCAUCCCUCAGACCUCGACACUCACGUCCUGCGAUUCUUGCCCAGUAUUCACAGCGGAUCGUAGCGCCUAUCUCAGGAUCGAGACACCAACUGCAACCGAAACUGCCGUGGAAACAUCCGCACCACCUGAUGGCGCCUAUCUCAGGAUCGAGACAUCAACCGUAACUACAAUUCCCGUUGAAACAUCCGCGCCACCUGAUAGCGCCUAUCUAAGGAUCGAGACAACAACCGCAACUACAAUUUCUCCUCCAAACUUCACAGCAGCUAGUAGCGCCUAUCUAAGAAUCGAUCCAUCAACCGCAACUACAAUGCCCAAUAGCACGUCGCCCGCACCAAAUUCCUAUCUUCGGAAGCAAAACGGCCACAUCCGUAGUACAUGGGAGUACUUCCAAGGAGCCUAUCUUCCAACGCUUCUAUCCGUAAUGUUCAACGUCCCAUGGGUUAUCCUGAGCCGUGAGACCGCGUCCAUGGAACCUUUCUACUGUCUCGCGUCAUCAGGCGGGGCUGCUGCCGAGCGAGCUCUGACCAUCAGUAUGAUCUCCCCCAUAUCGCCACUCUUGGCCAUGGGAAGUGGACAAUGGACACGGUUAUGA